UUCUGAACUGAGGUGUCUGCAGACUCUUUCCUAUUCCAGCCUGUUUGGGGGCUUCUCAAUCCCAGGAACUCCACAUUAAUCUUUCGUCUACUCCGUUUCCUAUUCAGACGCCUGCAGUAUCCACUCGCACCCUUAACGUUGCCACUAUCACCUCGUGCCUUCACUCGUGGCGCCCCUGGAAUCCCACCCUGAGCUCUCGUUUUAGGACCCAGCCCCCACAGCCCCACCCUGAGUCCACAGCCCCACUUUAGACUCUUAUAGCCCCACGCUGAGCCUACAGAAUCACUUCUCUGAAACCUGGGCUUCUUUAUGGCCCGCACCUUCUCUGUGCUUCACUCUUACCCUCACUUUCCUGUUUUUCGUGCUGGUACAGAAGGGUUACCAUGCCUUCUUCCCAAUCCGCGGAAGAGCCCGGGUUCUAAUCUAGCUCUGCAGCUCUCUGGCUAUAUGACCUUGGGCGAAUCAUACAACCUCUCUGGUACUCACUCUCUUCAUCUACAUAAUAGAGACGGCACUUGCUCUAUCCAUUUUAGGGUGAGGCUGUGUUGUGGAGCCGAUAAGCUAAUAUGUGUGAAAGUGCUUUAUAAACUGUAAAGCCUCCGCAAACGAGAGAGGUUGUUUUUAUUAUAGUUAUUAAUGCCCUGGCACACUCUUAUCUUGGCUCCUUUUCUAGCUCUGUCCCCUUGUUGCUCAAGCCUACCCCUUGGGCGCUUGGUGUCUCCAUUCUCCCAGAGCAGGAUGGUGUUUCCUCACUUCCUCCAGAGACCCAAGGUCAGACUAAAGAGCUUUAAGUCCCCGGAGAGCUUUGUCUGAAAGGAAGCCCCAGAGAAGUGCUUAUCUUGGACUCGGUCCUGAAAUAGCCGGUGAUGAAAAGUCCACACAGCUGGCAGAGGGGCGGUGCCUGCUUACUGGAAACAGGGCCCCAGCAGGAGAUGGACAGCUGCAGUGUAAGCCCUCUCUGUUCCCUCUCGGCUCUUUUGGGCCUGUUUAGUAGACUCUGGUUUUGGUAAGGGUGUCUCAGACCUGAAAAGGCUGAGAGGAAAGAAUCCAUUUUGCCAUUUUGGUUUAAUCCAGAAAGAAAUGAGAGACCUUGGCUGGGUGUGAUGAAAGAGACAUAGCAUUGUUAACUAAUUCCAGACAUUUUACGAGUACUUCAAAUGUACCAGGCUCUAGGCAAAAUCAAUUUUCUUAUUUAAAUUUCAUUUAUGAAAUGUCCCCAUUUUACAUAUAAGGAACUUAGGCUCAGAGAGGUCAUGUAGUUAGUUAUGCAGUAGUCCCUCCUUAUGUGUGGUUUUGCUUUCUUCGGUUUCAGUUACCCACGGUCAACCACAGUCCAAAAAUAUUAAGUGGAAAAUUCCAGAAAUAAACAAUUCCUAAGUUUUAAAUUGCAUGCUGUUCUGAGUAGUGUGAUGAAACCUUGCACGUUCCUGCUCUGUCCUGCCUGGGUCGUGAAUCAUCCCUUUGUCCAGCGUAUCCACGCUGUAUUUGCUACCCACUCAUUAGUCACUUAGUAGCUGUCUGGGUUAUCAGAUCAACUGUUGCCAUAUUGCAGUGCUUGUGUUUAAGUAACCCUUAUUUUUGCUUAAUAAUGGCCCCAAAGUGCAGAAGUAGUGAUGCUGGCAAUUCCGAUAGGCCAAAGAGAAGCCGUAAAGUGCUUCCUUUAUGUGAAAGUUCUCGACUUAAUAAGAAAAGAAAAAUUGUAUGCUGAGGUUGCUAAGAUGUUUGGUAACUUUUAUUAUAAUAUAUUGUUAUAAUUGUUCUAUUUUAGUUAUUGUUGUUAAUCUCUUACUGUGCCUAAUUUAUAAAUUAAACUUUAUCGUAGGUAUAUAUGAAUAGGAAAAAACAUAAUAUAUCUGUAUAGGGUUCAGUACUAUCCGUGGUUUCAGGCAUCCACUGAGGGUCUUGGAACUUAUCCCCUGUGGAUAAGGGGGGACUAUUGUAAUAAUAGUUAUAAUUGGAUCUACCGUCUAUGGUUAUAGUGCCUUCUAUAUGUCAGCUUUACAUACAUUAUUUCAUUUAAUCCUUUAUUUCACCAGCAACUUCAUGAGUGAGUGUUAUUAUUUCUAUCUAUAAUUUAUGGAUAAAUUAUGAGAGGCUUAGAAUUUGAGGAACUUGCUCAAGAUUCCACAGCCAAUUAAGUGGCAGAGGUGAAAUUCAGACUGUGACCAAAGUCUUUCUUUUCCCACUAUAUCUUAUUUUUAGAUCAAAAAGGCAGAGAUUAAAGAAUUGAGAGGAUUUAAAUCAAAGCCAAAUAAAGGAGCAUUUAUUGGGUCCCUUCUAUGUGGGUAAAGCAUGAGGAGAGAUGGUUUGGUCUACAAAGAAAUAUAAAAGUCUUUACCUCUGUAGUAUAUCUGAAGAGAUAAGGCAUAAGUGUGUAAAAAAUUAAAUAGCAUUCAUUGAAUAAGUUGAUUGUGGAGACCAGUUAUAUGCAGGGCACUACGUUAAGCCUAGUGACUGGCAGGAACAUGCUUCUGGGUGGCCAUAGGGAUUAAACCAAUGAAAUCAUGGUCAUUAUCAUUUCAUUAAUAUGAAAGUGGUGGACUGGAACACCAUAUACACUCAGUACAUGUUUGUUGCAUGCACGCGUAUCUGAAUAAAAGUCUUGUGUACCAUCUGGACCAGAGGGUCUCAAACCUUGCUGAUCAGAAACACCUGGGAAGCUUUUAAAAACCAACUGACCUCUGGGAAUGGGGCCCCUAAAAUCUAUAUUUUUGAAAAGCUUUUUAGGUGAUUGUGAUGUUAGGUUCAGGAACCUCUGAUCUAGAUUCUACUUGGACCACUUAUAGGCAAGCCACUGAUUGAAAACUGCUAGAAUAGGUACCAAUCCAAGAGCUGUCCUAAGGCAGCCUGUGAAUGGGUACCGGAUGGGGGAUGUGGACAGUGGUUAGAGAGGAAGGAAGGUUGGAAGGACUUGGGAAAGCUUCACAGAGGACCAGAGAUUUCCCUGGGCCUUGAUGAAUGGGGCAGGUUUGAAUGGGUGGAAAGGCUUUUGGACAGGUACCACCACCACAAUUGGCACCACCAAUUGUUAAGAUAAGGCAAGUAAAAGAAGGUAGAGACACCUGGGCUGAUUUUCUUGGAAAAUUCCAUGGCAUUUAUUGGAAAUGACUCUGGAUGCUCUGUGUGGAUGUUUCUUAGGCAAAAUUUGCAAGUCAGAUUGGAUUUUCCCAUCUCCCCAUUCUACUUGGGCAUCAGUGGAUGCGAGCCCAGGGAAUGCAGAUUCAGUUUCAUGUUAGCCUCACUCUGGCCAAUUCUCUUCUUUAGUUUUUAUUUAUUUCCAAACUUAAUUUAGUUGAUGACCUUCCCAGAAACUUUCCAGGACUACCAGAGUUCUACUCCCCUUCUGUUUGGCUAUUUUCAAGUCCACUCAUCGUGAUACCCGUCCCAAGCACUGUUCUCUAUGCAAGCUCUGCCAUCCUCCAUGGCUGCGACAGUUCAAGUGGCUACAUCAGUUCAAGGCUUCCUAUCUGCACAUCACUCUAGUUCAAAACAAGAAAGAUCUUUUCCAAUCUCAACCAUCAAACCAGAGUCCUGGGCUUUACUCUGAUGGGACCAACUUAUGUCAUGUGUCAACUCUUCAUCCACAUACUGACCAGGGGAUACCAAGCCAUCAAGUUCAGCGCUGCCCAAGUCAUUGUUUGAUUCAACUGGUGGUGAAAUGGGGGUCAACCAGUCCGUGGGCUUUCCACCUGUCACAGGACCUCACCUGGUGGGCUGCGGGGAUGUGAUGGAGGGUCGGGGCCUCCAGGGGAGCUUCUUUCGACUCUUCUAUCCUUGCCAAGAGGCAGAGGUGACCACGGAGCUGCCCCUGUGGAUUCCCCGCUAUGAAUAUUGCACUGGCCUGGCCAAUUACCUGCAGUUUAAUAAGCGCUGGGGAGGAUUGCUGUUCAACCUGGCUGUGGGAUCUUGUCGCCUGCCUGUUAGCUGGAAUGGCCCCUUUAAGACAAAGGACUCUGGAUACCCCUUGAUCAUCUUCUCCCAUGGCCUGGGAGCCUUCAGUUGGAGGACAGACAAAAAAAUCCACAUGCUAAAUCACAGGACACUGUAUUCAGCGUUCUGCAUGGAGCUGGCCUCCCAUGGCUUUGUGGUUGCUGUACCAGAGCACAGGGACGGGUCAGCUGCGGCCACCUGUUUCUGCAAGCAGGCCCCCGAGGAGAACCAGCCCACUACUGAGUCGCUGGAGGAGGAAUGGAUCCCCUACCGUCCAAUUGAGGAAGGGGAGAAGGAAUUCCACGUUCGGAAUGGCCAGGUGCAUCAGAGGGUGAGCGAGUGUACACGGGUGUUGAAGAUCCUGCAAGAAGUCACUGCUGGGCAGACUGUCCUCAAUGUCUUGCCUGGUGGGUUUGAUCUGAUGACCUUGAAGGGCGGCAUCGACAUGAGCCGUGUGGCUGUGAUGGGACAUUCGUUUGGAGGGGCCACAGCUAUUCUGGCUUUGGCCAAGGAGACCCAAUUUCGGUGUGCUGUGGCUCUGGAUGCUUGGAUGUUUCCUCUGGAACAUGACUUUUACCCCAAGGCCCGAGGCCCUCUGUUCUUCAUCAAUGCUGAGAAAUUCCAGACAAUGGAGAGUGUCAACUUGAUGAAGAAGAUAUGUGCACAGCAUGAACAAUCCAGGAUCGUAACUGUCCUUGGUUCUGUUCAUCGGAGUCAAACUGACUUUGCUUUUGUGGCUGGUAACUGGAUUGGUAAAUUGUUCCCCACUCAAACCCGUGGGAGCUUGGACCCCUAUGAAGGUCAGGAGACUGUGGUGCGGGCCAUGUUGGCCUUCCUGCAGAAGCACCUUGACCUGAAAGAGGACUAUGACCAAUGGAACAACCUCGUUGAAGGCAUUGGACCAUCGCUCACCUCAGGGGCCCCACAUCAUCUGUCCAGCCUGUAGGCACAACUGGCCAUUUGUAAAAGGUCGCUGAGCUGAGUUCCCAUUUGGGGCCUGCCCAGGGACACCCAUAGCCUCCUCAGGAAAGUAGUUGGUAUGACCCUUCUUCAUAGACUGAGAGGAUGUAAUCAUACUGCUGAUUGGAUAACUGGGUACUUUGAUCUUGGAUUUGUUGAUCUUAAACUCAUGGUGGGACUUGGAUGGCUUACUGACUUGCUGGGGCCUGAGCCCUGAUGAUGUAGGGAACAAGCAGUGGGGUGGGGCUGGGGGGCCCCAAGCCCCAAGCGGAGCGCUAGUAACCCAGCGAGCCUACUCCCUCACCUUGGGCCAGUGUGGCUUCUGCAGUGGAAGAAAUGAAGCCAAAGAACGGAGGGAAGAUUCCCACCUUCAGGACCUCUAGCCCAGCCUGGCACUGUCUCUUCCUACCUCUCAGCCUUCUCCCUUCCCAGCGCCUUAGUGAGUUACGAGCACUUUAGGUAACGUUCAAGGAUAUGGACCAUCAGAUUUUCUGUUUAUUUUCAAGCCUUCCCAUUGCAUGAAUCGUAGUACUGGGCACUGAGUCAGGGCUCAGUUACACUUGUGCGCCCACGGAGCGGGGCAGACAGCAUUGUCCUCGUAGCAUAGAGAGAGAAGCUGAGGUACAGAGGGGUACCUCAGAAGCUCUAGAUGUCUUGGAAUUUUGCUAAAAACAUAUAUUGACAGGAAACAACACAAGUAGGUUGAGAUGAAGAAGGUGGAAUGACAGUGUUAAGCAGCCAUUUGAACAGGCCCUUGCCACUAGAGGGAGGUAGUUUGGUCAGUUAGAGUUCAGGAGGCCACCCCUAGAGAGGUCUUGCCUCUUAUCUCAGAUAUCAUGAGCCUCCAACUCACUCAGAAUCAGGGCACUAUAGUUGUCUGUUUUCUGGCUCUGAGGCCCUAGCCUCAAAUUUAAGUGAAGAUAUAGACUGAAUUUCCAUUCUGUUCCAUUUAUACUAUGAAUGAUAUUAAUACUCAUGUUUGCCUAAUGAUAUGUUGGAAUAAUCUCCCUAUUUAAUCUGCAUUAGAGCAGGAUGGGGAGCCAUCUGGCAAUAACUUUUCCUUCUGUCUUUCUUUGUUCACUUACCACUUGUGCCCAUGUGGAAGAAAAACUUUAAAAGGAAAGGAAGUCUUCCUUGGGACCUAGUUCAAAGCUGUCUGGGAACAUCAACAUGAAACACCCCUCCCUGCUGCUCUAGACCUCUCACCUCAGCCCAAGUAGGGGAACCCAGAGGAGGCGAGAGCAAAAGGGCAAUGCAACUCUACAUAGUCAGUCCGAAGUCAUUGCCACCAAAGCAAGCUGGGACUAGGGCUCCCACCUCUCAGCUCUUUCUGAGGUGAAACGUCAGAUCCAUUGAGGCUGUGCACCUUGGGAGGAUCUGUGAAUUCCUGUGAGACGUGGCGUCCAGGGAUAUCGUGAAAGCCCUGGGCCCUAGCUGGGUUUUGAGUCCUGGCUCCACCACUACUAACUGGGUAAAUUUGAGCAAAUUAUGUUCUCUUUCCAGUCUCCAUUCCUGUGUUUCUAAAAUGAGGAUUAAGUGAGAGGAUGUGUAACCCAUGGGUUUCACACUUUCCAAACAUAGGAGAUUUUUCUAGUUAUCCUGUAGCUGUUGUUUUCUAGCUUAAUGGCUUUGGGGCAGGUAAAAUGACCCGUAUGGUUUUCAUCCUGAAACUUGCUUGUUGGCCCAGUGUGAGGUCAAUUUUAUAAAUGUUCCAUAUAUGCUUAAAAAGACUGUAUAUUCUCAAGUUGUUGGCUUGCUGUUUUACUCAACAUCACGUUAUGGAUUUCUUUCUAGAGAGUGCAUACAGAUCUAUGAUAGGGGCUUCCCACCCCCAAAUGGGGACCGGCGCCCCUCAGCACUCACAGAACCAGUAGGUGCCACCCGUUCUGCCUGGGCCUGGUUCUGCAGAUGCUGAGGAGCCAGUUCUGGCAGCAUUAGCACGUGAGACCCAACUUACCUUAGACCCAUAAGUAAUGAGGGUAUAUUUUGUAAAGACUUGGAGCCUCCCUAGAAAAAGAAAUUGUUCAAAAACUGGAUCCAUCUCCUCCAUUCCGUUCAUGUUCUGGUAAUGACUCGUUUAUCCAGCAACAUUGGAAUAGGUAAAUUUUCCAUAUAAUUGAAAAUUAUCCUUUAAGCCACAAAAUAUAAUAUUGACUAUUUUGAAUGGUAAUUUACCAAAAAGAUAACACAAACACUUUUUCAUGUGAACUGACCUCAUUUAACUUUUUUAGGAUGUUUCAGUCAGGAUAAACUAAUUAUAUGGCAGUAACAGGCAACCUCAAAAAGCAACAAAAGUUUAUUUCUUGCCCAUGCUACUUGUCCCCUGUGGGUCGGCUGGAGGCUCUGCUCUGCGUCAUUUUUAUCCUCACUUGGGGACCCAGGCUGGUGAGCUGCCACUAUCGGAAGUGCUGCCAGUCACGUGGUGGAGCUCGAAGAGAAUAUGGUGAAGCACCCGCCCGCUCUUGAAUCUUCUGCCCAGAAGUGACACUCGUUAUUUCCGUUCACAUUUCAUUGGCCAAAGCAGGUCAUCUGGCCAUACCUAACAUCCCAUGCCAUCCCAAGAGAGCAAAAACAUCUGUGACCAGGUCUAAUGUUGGAGCAGUUGCGCCGCCUGUCUAGGAAGAUGUGGGUAGCUGUUUGCACCUACACUGUGUGGCCCCUGGCAGCUGUCCUCCCAGUUCUUUUGAUUGCUUGCAUAGCUUGUGCCGUCUCCCUUGUGGUCAGGAGGCUAGCCUUUACUCUUCAUUGCCUUUAAUGUGCCAGCCCCUAGCAGCUCUCCCUUUUCGCUAACUUGGUCAUCCACAUUGUUUAUAACCGUCUAGAGUAAAAAGUAGUCACUGAGAGAGGGCUCUAGGGACUCUCUUGCAACUGAAGUGCACUGCCCUUAGUGCUUGGGCUCUGUAAUCCUUCCUGUGACUGCUCAGGAGGGGUAUCAUAAGGCCUUUGGUCCUUUGUCCUGGUUUUUGGUUAGCUUCUAAGGAAUCAAAGAACACUAGAUAAAUGGCCUUUAGAUAAGCAAGGUAGGCCUGCAUAUUAAUUGGCAUGUACCGAUAAAUUGCAUUCCAGUGAAUGCUUUCCAAAAGCAAAGAUGUCUUGGGUUUCUUUUGCAUCUUGUUCCCCGUCCCAUUAUAGGACUGUACUCAUGGAGGCCUCCUAGUAGAAUGUUGUGAACUUUCUGGGCAUGGGAUGGUGUAUCAGUUAGGAGGAAAAGUAAGUAAAUACCAGAUGGAAUGAGAUUCCUUGUCUGUCUCACUUCCUGGACGUGUCAGGGUGAGGCUCGCUGGGUUCUUGCUAUGCCCCCAACACAGUCCCCAAGCCCCUUUCCAGUGUGUGUCCUGACACAGCUGUCCCACUUGCCCUUCCUCAGGAAGACUACUGGGGUCUUGAAAUGUCAAUUGAUGGACUCCAGCGCCGUGUCUUAGCCUUUGGGGGCCUUCAUCUGCUCCCUUUUCUUCUGGGGUGCUCCUUAUCCCUGGGCCUGCAGAGUGACAGAGGGACAGGAGAGGCCAUACUCUAUACUCAGGACCCAUCCUCAUUAGGAAGCUCACUUCCUGUCCCAUCACAGCCAGAAGCAGAUGCCGAGUGUCCCUGGCCAUGGCUGCAUGGCAAGAUGACGAUGAUGAUGAUGAUAACCAUUGUAGUAGCCAGCAUUUCUUGGGCGCUUCCUGUGUGUCAGGGGCUGUGCUCGGUGCUUUAUAUGCAUCAUCUCAUCUGCUUCCCACCCCAUGACGUCAGGUGGAAUUAGCCUCAUUUUAUGUACAAGGAAACAGAGCCUUAGAGAAGUGAUUUGAUCAAGCUCCCACAGCAAGAAUUUGGCAAAGCUGGCACGUAGGCAUAAAAAUCCAUGCUCUUAAUCGCUGGGCCAUACUGCUUAAUAUACGUACUUGAUUUUCCCCUUCCACUGCCUCUUUCAACUGUCAGGGUAUGAGGAAUGAAAUUUCAUGAUACAUUGAAUCAAGAAUGUGAAACUCUCCAGCAAUUUCUAUAUGACUUGCACUGAGAUUCAGUGACAUCCUCAGCACUGGUGAGAAGUCGGUUGGGGAGAGGACUCUGCUUCACCGAGGACUGUGGGCCAGGUGCUCUGUUGAUUUGAUAGAUGAGGAAAGCAGUUCAGGGAUUAAGAACAUGGUCUUUGAAAUCAGACAGCUCCAACACUAUUAGCCCUGUGACUUUGUGCUAAUUUAUCUACUUCUGUAAGCUUCAAUUUUCUCAUUCGUAAAGUGGGAAUUCCAAUAGUGUUUACCUCUUAGGGCUGUUGUAAUAAUUAAAUGAAAUAAUGCCUGUAGAGCGCUCGUCACAGUGCCUAUACUGAGGGCGUAAUAAACAUUACCUAUUACAGUAUUGGUUUCUUCGGUCCUCCUUACAGACCUAUUAGGUUAGGUAUAAUUUGCCCUUGUACUGAAUGGCCGCGGAUGGUCUUGGUCUAAGUUCUUACGCCAGCUUCUGCGGUUUCAGUUACCUCCCUCACAUAAAGCCUGCUAACUGCCCCUCAACUACUGCCAUUGUGUGAGGCUGGAACUAGAAUAAGAGAGAGUUUUUCCCUUCUCUUUGCUCUGAUUUCCCUGCUCCUCACAUCAAAAGUCAAAAUCCAUACCAUAGUUCUAGCUUUGCAGGCUCUCUUCACCGCUAGCGAAAAUCUACACUUUUAGGUUCUGGUUUGGGUUUUAAUUUCAUGCCUGAUCAUCCAAACGCACACAUCUGUGCCAGAUGUAAAGCGAAGGUCCUAAUAUGUUGAAUGGGAGAAUUGGAGAGAAGAUGUAUUUGGACGGGUUGGCCGAAGGGUAGAGGACCUGGGGAUAGGGACUUUGUAGUAGAGGCCAGUUGUGUUAAUUUUUGUCUGCAGCCCUUGAG